ACUGCGUCCGCGUGCUUCCGCAACGCAGCUGGUCAGCUGAUUGAAACGGCACGCGGAAACUGUAAAGUCGCUCGGAAAGCGUCAGUAGUUCUCCAAAGUAGCCGGACUUCAGCCAAAAAAAACAUUAACGCUAUCAUUUACUGUUGACAGCUGCGGGUUUGUUACGUGAGCAGGACUUCGGAUAUCAACUCGGCUUAUCUAAAAAGUGACCCCGUGGCCGCUCUGUCAUUCCCAGGACAAAGUUAUGGCACAGAACGAGUCAUUGGUCGCAUUGAAUGGAACUCAGAUUUCCUUCAUCGGACAUGACUGUACGGACCUUCCAGACUUCCUCGGAGUCACAUAUGGCCAGUUUGCAAGAAGGCUGGAUCUGAGCUUCAAUCAACUCAGGUCACUGGCGGGCCUCAAAAUGUUCACUGAGCUGGAAGAGCUGGUCGUUGACAACAAUCUGCUUGGAAAUGACCUCCGGUUGCCCAGGUUGCCCAACCUCCACACCCUUACACUCAAUAAGAACCAACUGACUGAUAUCGAGGGCCUGUUGGAACACUUGGCUGAUGUGACCCCGUCACUGGAGUACCUAAGCCUGCUGGGAAAUGAGGCCUGCCCCAACCAGCUGGUCAGCCCGGAUAAGGACGAAGACGACUACCAGAGAUACAGGUACUUUGUUCUGCAUAAGCUGCCCCAGCUGAAGUUUCUCGACACCAGGAAGGUAACCAGAAAAGAAGUGAUGGAGGCAAAGGCAAGAGGAGCAUUCAUGAAAGUGGUCAAACCCAAGUCAGAAGCUGCUCCUAACGAGGCUGGAUCUGAGAGUCACCCGCUGCCCUACACCCCUCUACCCCAAGGAUCCAGAGAGGCCAAGAACCACAAAGGUGCACCAUCACAUACAAGCCAGUGGAGGAGAUGACAGCACUGAUCAGCGCAACACCAGAAGGACAAAUGGCUGAGGUGUGCGCACACGCAAACACAAACAAACACAUACACACACACACAGCUUUCAUAUAACGUAAAUGCUCCCCCAACACAUGAAGAUCAGGGUAGGUUGUUCUUACAUCCUUCCCGUGUAUUCAGGUUGAUCAACUACAAUGUAUCUGUAAUAGAAGGGGCUCAGGCACAUAUCAUGCGUUAGGAUCUUAAAACAGAGUGAGGCUUUAUGAUCUGAUGUAUCAGCAGAAGACUUGUACAGGUUUCUCUUUGAGCCAGCAAACACCAAUGCUGCACCAUUCUCUGAGUUUUUAGACUACUGUUUUGCAAGCUGAUUUUGUUAAGCAGGACUGGAAUGCUCUCACUCAACAUGACGAGUUAGCUGUGACGUAGCAAACCUGAAGCAAUGAUAUGAUGUGAAACAACCUAAAAACAAGACUAGUAUGCCUCCAAAAGCCAAGCAGCCCUCCCUCCAUCCCUUCCUUUGUUCAUCUCCUCAGCAACAUUUUAUCGAGGGGGAAUCGGAUGGUUCCAUUUGUUCUGUCAAAAGAAACUUGUUCAGUUUUAGUGCAAAUAGAACAGAAGCAGACAGGAGAUAUGAAGUCGACGAACCCAGCUGGUUUGACAUGACACAUCUGGGCGGCUCUUUGGGAGAUGAUAUGAUCAGUUUAUCGCUGCAACCCUCAUCCUCCGAUAACCAGCCACCUUAGCCAUGGAGUCUGGUCUCAUGAAGAGGUGAACUAUUGCAAAGAAUUACAGGAAGUACUCUCUUUUUUUGUCAGCUCUUAAAAUAAUUCCAAAAAAGUGCUAGGGGAAGGGGCUGUACAAUCCUUACUUGAUUGUCAUUAUGUACAUCACUAUGGAUACAUUAAUAAAUAAAACAAUGUCCAAGAGCAUGGAAGUAACUUUAAAGGUAUACACAUAGGAGGUCCCUUCCAGUUUGGGUUCCUGUCCAACCCAUGAUUAGAAGAAUGAGUGAAGAGAAGUGUGUCAGUCUUCAGCAUCCCUGUCAUCCUCAUCAUUAUCAUCGCUCCUCCAUGGGUCAUCCCCUCUCAACUCCUUUGAAAGAGCGUACGGAUGUCUGGUGAGUCAGCAAGAAAACCCUGUGUUCAGCAUUCAUCUUCAACUUCUCUGAUUGGUGGAAUCAGACUACUAGUGGAUUUGUAUUGGUUGACUUGGUUGGCCAUGUGAGUGCUCAUGGGCUUGAUCUGAAUGUUCCUUGGGUAGGCAUUUUCUGGUUCAUCUGUAAACCAUUUCUUUUCUGGUAGAGGACAAGGCAAGAGAGGAAGAAGAGAGAUUAGAGUUAGUUUGAUAAAAUAUGCAGCAUGAGAUUACAUACAACCAUAUUGCCUCAGUUUAAGUAAUACAUUUGCAUGGCAUUCUUUGUGAUUAGCAGCAAUCCGUGUGGUCCAGUUUAAGUUUGUGUUCUGGUGCACUGAGCCAAUUUAAAUGUGAUGGUGGCAUUGACUAAUCAAGUAUAUCUGUGUAAGUAGAUAAAAUCUGCCAGGUCUUCCUCUUACUGUCUAGUCACGCACAUUGUUUUAUUUUUUACCAUUUUUUGAGUGUGAUUUCUAACACAAACAAAGGGGAAUGGAAUUUAGUUUGUGGUGCUCACAGCAACAGUGUCCAUAGUUUUCAAUAGAACUGUUUCCUAUGAAGGAAACAGCCCCUAUAAAAACUCUUGAGCUGAUUCUGUGGAUUAUUAAAUCUGUAUUCACUUCAAGGUACAAAGCAAAGGAAAUUUUAGAGGUGGUGUAGUUACAAAUAAAAGAAUUAUGCUCAUUCUUAUAGGCCUUUGACACCACUUCAUGCACGUAUGGAGACAAAGGAGAAAGCAGAAAAUAAUCCAAAGAGCUUGAGUUCCUGGUGUGCCCUGAGAUGACACACAUUGUUAGGUGUGAAUGAUGUGAGUAAACUACAGUUAGCAUCUGUAUAGUAGCUGUUUGGGAUGAAUAAACAUGGACCACACAGAUACUGAAGUUCUCAAAUAUUUACAUUCUGACAAUAUUUCACUCUUUCAUGAAAGAGAUGUUGCUGUUUUUGACAUCAUUUUUCAGUGCCGUGAGCACCACAAACAAAGUUCCAUUCACUUCCAUUAUGUUAGGAUGGAGGCAGAAAUCUCAGAGAUAAAUAUCUCAGACUCAGGGAAAAGAAAUGUCACCAUUUGGUUGGCUGGGUAUCUCAAAUGUUGAGGUAGAAAAUGUGAGAGAAGAGAUCUGAAAAAUUUGAACGCAUCCUUUUGGAGAGAAUCUCUUCAUCUUAAAGUAGGCUAUGAGGGCACUGUUUCUGAGAAUGGUAUGAGGAAAGGUAAGGGUGUAUACCAGCUGUCAGAAGUUUGUAAACUCUCUCCCAGCACUUCACAGGCAUCUCAAAUGCCAUUCAAGAUGUCACUUCCUUUUGGGUGAAGUUGUAAUAUCAAAUUUUAACUUUGCUAUGUGGAGCAAACCUUGUGUGUGUGUGCGUGUGUGUGUGUGUGUGUGUGUGUGUGUGUGUGUGUGUGUGUGUAAAUGUGUGUUCAUGUAUAUGCAGGCUUGCAUGUGUGGAGAUUCAUUUGUGUCAGGUCUGUAUGUGUGUGUGUGUGUGUGUGUGUGUGUGUGUGUGUCAGCAAGCUUAAGGCUGUGGGGCCAUGUGUUACAGCACUGGCAUUUGAUGUGUAGAAUUGUGCCCGAGGUGAAGCAAGAUGUCUGCCAUCUCUCUCCAGAGUCUGCUGCUGAUACGGUGAACUUAGUGAUGUCGCCUCAAACCACCAUAUCAGGUGCACAGGGUUACAAGGAGGGAACUUACAGACUCAUAUCCCCCUUCAAUUUAGACUUUAAAUUGGUCACACCUCCCACUUUCCUGGUGUGACCGAUGGCACAGGGCUGGACACACUUUCUUAAAGUUCUGUGAAGAAGUAAGCAAUUGGCUGCAUCAGGGGGAUUUGAAUCAGCCUGACCUACUUGUACAGUCGGCAACAUGUUGUUGCUCUGUGCUUUAUGCCAGUACAAUAAUUACCUACUGUAGUCAAUGACAGCAUAAUUGUGACAUUUACAGUUUGCUACAGUCGUCUAACAGCAUUCAGUAGGAGGGAAGAUGCACAAACACACAGACCUCUCACACAAUGCAAACCAAAUCGAAAUAAACCAUAAGGAAGGCAUGAUAAAUGUCAGAAAGAAACAAUGUGAAAACGGCUUUGUCUGGAGGAAAAGAAAACUCAUUUCAUCAAGUGAUUAACUGAGGUAAAGGCAAGAAGAAAGGAGGGGGUGGGGGGAUUCGAUUCAACCUCAUGCAACGUGGAGAUGGUCCUGAUCAUGGCAGGGAGGAGGCAGGAGCAGCAGCAGACAUUUUGCUUUCCAGAUGAAAGCAAAACUUAAACUGAGGCAUGGUUUACUUAACAUCUGAAGAACAGAAUAAAUAAAACAAACUCCCCUUGUCAUAACAAUAUCCACAGAGGACACAGUUAUGAUCAGAACCCCAGGUAAAGGUUGCUAAGUCAUGCAGAAUCGUUAACUUGCAUACCUUGGCCCAUUCUAUUCAUCCUUGUUGCACUUCAGAAAGAAAGGUAAGUAAUCUACUGUAAGUGAGUAGUAUUUACAGUCAAUACACAACUGACAAUGAGUCCAUUUAAGGCUUACAUAUUGUUACUACAGUAUUUAGGCUAUAUCAUACAUCUUAAUUUUAAGAUGUAUUGAGGGCUUAUCAUCUACUAUGUAAUACUUCUUGAGUACAAUCAUCAACAAAUCUGCAUGCUUUUAGAAUAUGUCAUGACUUCAAAGCUCAGUUACUUUAUUCUCCCAGUUAAAAAUUUAAUUCAUAGCGUACAUUUUAGGGGAUGGGAGAAUAAGGAGUAUUUAACCUGUAGGUCAAAAUAUUUCACCAAAUUUGAAAUUAUCUUAUAAUAAACAUGAAACAGGAAAUAAGAGCCUGCUACAGAGGGCUACCAACGUGAACAUGCAAUAAAGCAGUACAGAUGCAACAUGAAUAAAAAACACUGCUAAUGAGGGAUGAUCUUAUGAGUAACAGCUUAUUAGUAAAGUUGGCCAAAUGUGCUCUGUUUAACACCUUCCACAGCAGGUAAAGCACAACACGAUACAUCCAUGAUCAAGGUUUACUGAUCAUGAGCACUAAAUAUACACAAAUACUCACUACACAAAUAUUUAGUUAAGACACAAGAUGACCAGAUAUUAGGACAGAUACAACACGUAGACUGAACAACAUACUGAGGGUGUGUUGUGUUGAAUUAUGUCAUUUUAUUCUGUUAGCAGAGGUCUUUACUGUAAGCUUGUUUCCAACCACAAAGACACAUCCAAACAAGUGGUUUUUACUGUUUAUACUGCCACAGAUGCCAACUGGAAGAAAAAAGUCUCAUCAGUCUUUGAGUAUAAUCAAUGAGCCCAGCUUUCCACAAAGCGAGUUUCCCAAUUUAAUGUUAUGUUAUGAUUGCUGUGAUGUGAGAGUGAAGACCACAUGCAGAUGAUUAUGAAAGAAACACACAAGAAACACUGGGCAUGGGCGCAGAGCACAAAUCACACAAAGAAACCACAAACACACAAUACACAGUGUUUAUCAGUGCAUGUGUUCGCCACAGUCUGCACACUAAACACACACACACACACACCUGUAAAAUACAGGUCAGGUAUAAAACACCCAACAUGCAGGCUAAAACUCAGGACAUGUGAGUGCACGUACUUCUGUUUGUCACGGGCCUCCCGGGUCUUACUGCUGCGGUUCUGCCGGUUGGCGGGUGGGAUGGAGUGGACCGAGGAGCUCUUUUUGCUGGAGGAAUGGGAGGAGUGGGAAGAGUGGGACAAGCUUGUCCGCGACUGGCCUGCAUUGUGGUCGAACUGCAUGAGGCAGAAGAUCAGGUCUGUGGGCACGAGCUCAAACUCAUACGGUGGGUUCGUGAUCACAUACCUGUUCGGAAAACAAAUAUUUGAAAAGAUUCAACUUUGAUGAUCCUUGUGGGGAAAGUGACAAAGAACAAAGGAUACAUCAGAGAAUGAAAGAAAGAAAGUUAUAUGUUGAAUACACUUCAUCCCGACAAUGUUCAAAAGAGCGAUAUGGUUGAAAGUGUGAGAAAAACAUGUCAACCGCAUAAUGUGAAAAUUGCAUAGUUUGUACUCGUUAGACCUUGCUUCAAUUAUACAAACAUAUGAAUGUGUGAAUUUAUAGUAGAAAAAAGAAGAUAAACUAAAAUGUCUGUAUGUUACCUGGACAUAUGAAAGAAUUUUCACUGUUAAGGACAAUCUAUGAAUAACAUUGCAUAAAUAAAAUGUUGAGCUAUACCUUCUUAACCUCCACUGAUGUACAGUGUCAGUUUUGUCAUUUGCAUUUUCAUAUUUAAUUUAUUCUGUUUUACUUGUUGUAUAUAAUGUGCCCUUUUAACUGUUCUUGUUUCUCACUAAUCUUAUUUGUUUUUGUAAUUUAAGAGAAUUAGCUGCUCUCAUGCCGAGAUGACCCCUUCAGGAUUAAUAAGGUAUAAGUGUAUAAGUCUAUACAUAACCCCAACUGCUUACUUUAUUACAUCAAACAUUCACUUUGACACAGAUUGAAGGGAUAAAUUGUACCGUUUUGUACACUGGCUGGGUGUACUGAGAUGAGCGUCUCUCAAUCUGUAGAUUCCAAAACACAGCAUGUUGUACGUCUUCAGUGCCUUACAGAAUAAAUCCCCAUAGCAGCCGCCAUCCUGAUGAACAACAGAACAAACACAUCACCAGUGAGUGGCAGGUCAGCCCAAUGAUCUGGAUCAGUUAAAGUAAAUGUAAAUAAAAGUAAAUGAAAACAUAAAUUCUUUGUAAAGUUGUAGUGAAAAUUUAAUGUUCUGCACUGCUGAGGGUGUUUUGCUUGUGAACAAAUACCAACCACUGGCAAUGCAGACUGUAACAAUCAGCAGUGUUUUAAAAAUUGUGCCAUAAUGCAUCUGAGAAAAAAGAAAAUUACUUCAAUAUUGGAAGUUCUAUAUAACAAAAACAAAAACAAGGUUGGAACCAAUUAAACUUGGAAUAUCCUUGGUGGUGUUCAUUGUUCUCUCUAAAGCCCUCUUCCCUCUCCACCCACCAAGGCCUGCUUUGCGUGAUCACUGUUUUUCACAUCGGAUUAAGGACCAUGAGGAGCGGAGGCGGCCAGAUGUGUGCUGCUGGGAAGUGCCAAAACGUGUCAUCUUCGCUUAAACAUCCACUUACCCCCAAGUCGGCAAAUGGCCCGUCGUAGAGGGCUAGCUGGGCGACGCGACACCUGUCUCUGUUGGCCAGUGUCUGUGGCGUGCUGUAACCUCCUCUGAGAGCAUUCUCCUCAGCCAACAGGGCCUCCAGCUCUGGCGUGGCUCCCCCUGUGACCAGCGUCCGAAUCAGCGUGAGGAUAUUAUCAUUGAAGUAUGUCUGGGGAGAACAGAGAGAGGAUAUUUGUAAGCAGAUGCCGUUACAGUCACAGGUAGGGAGGUGGCGGAGGUGGCAGAUGUGGUAAGAAAGAAAAGCCCCUGUUAUGUCAACCCUCAGCUUGUCUCUUCACAUAGUGCUGACUGGGCACUGAGGAGAAAGGCCAUGGAAGAUUAUAAAGGACCUUCUGUCUUGUGCACUAUGACGGCACAUUUUCAGCAGCUUUAAGUUUCAAAAAUAUAUUUUGAAAACUGCUUUUGUCAUGCAGUUUCUAGUGUAUUUCAAGUUUGUUUUUCCACUGAUGGCCAAAUGCUGCUGCUGAAUUUUUGAAGGUCCAAUCCCCUCCACUCAUUUGGGGUGAAACAAAUGUCUCAGAAUGUGGUAAGUCAGUAAGAACUAUUUACCCCUGGAAACAAGUGAGAUAUAUAUAUGAGAUGUGAGAUUAUAUACUAUGUGUGUGCGUGUGUGUAUAACAGUAUAAAUGAGUCUUUAGUUAUUCACUGUAAAAACUGAAAUUGAUCAUCAUAUUUCAUUUAUCAUAUUGAAUAUGAAGGAACAUCAUGUCAGCGCUGUUAUUUCCUGUAGGAGCGCUGAUUUACACACUGUAUGAUGUCCGCUUUCCCCUCUGAAACAACGAUUUGACUGCACUCUGCAGGUGUCAGCUUCUCUUGUCCUUCAAGCCAAUCUGGACCUGCUUUUGCAGCGUGUGAAGACAGCCGAUGUCACUCGGCAGUCGAGGCAGAGUGGCAGCUCCUCUCCCCGGGCCCCUGACAGGCCUGCAGAGCCUCAUGAUGGAUGAGCAAUGUCCAUUAGCUGGCUUCACCUCUGACCAGUGCCAGACUACAGCAGACGCCUGCUCUACUCCCUGCUCAGCUCGGCUCUGCACGCCCCUCUAACCCCUCACUCACUGAGAGGGCUGCUGGAAUUAAGCUAUCACAGCACCAAAGGGAAAACCAGAGUUGGUCAUGAGAAGGAGGAGAGGAAAAAUGAGGUGUUGGUGGGGUUUGUUUUUUUUGGUCCAUCCUCCUUUAUCUUAUCUCCAGUGCAGCAAUGACACUGUCAAAAGAUGAAAGAGUGUCUCUUUGACCUGUUAAAGCCAAGCUUGUGUCAUCACCAUUAUGCUAACCUUCAACACUUACUUCCUUAAAACAUCUAAUAAGGCUCUUGAACAUUAACUCAUAAUCCUUCAGAUGAAGAGUGAUGCCAACAGUUGCCCCUCUGAUCUGUAAUGAAUGUACUGUGUCAUUUCAUUUAUCAACUUCUGCAUACUUGAAAUGUCAAAACUCAUAUCUAUCAUUGCUAAACUUAACCUAUUUUUUCUAUUAGCAGAGCACCUCAUAGUCUGAAAUGAUCUACUCUUUGGUUGUCAUACUGAUGUGUGUGAAAUAUGACAACAGAACUGUGUAUAAAACAGUAAAGUCCCAACCACCAAAGAAGCAAAAGAAAACAGAAACAUUUCACUGCAUUUUGGGAUUUAUACAAUCUAAAGUUUUCUCAGGUCCAUCUUUUGAGUCUGGCUCACUGCAAAGUUACUCACCUAUUUUCCUCAUCCUGAAGUUUCUAGCACUGCAACAGCAUGCAAUGGUUACGCAGUGGGCACAGCAUCUCUAGUGUGAAACUUCUCUCUACUUUGUCUUUUUGUAAUUCUGAAUAUUACUCUGUCAUGGCAUCCAAAAACUGAAUAAUCAGAAAAUUAAAAUGAUAAUAUUUGUGUUGCAAAA